GUAUGAGGCGGAGAGAAAGAGUGAGCGAGAGAGAAGAGAGAGAGAGCGAACUCAGCUCAGACGAAAAGAGGACGUAUGACCACCUCCGUUAAAGGUGAUAUCCGGGAGUUCGUUGACGCAAUCGUCAGGCCCUGAGAAAGCACACCACACAGUCUCUUUCCAGCCAUGGAAUAAGACGUCCCAUGUCACGAUGUGCAGGUGUAUUCGCCCCAGAGUUUCCUCCGAUGAGACAUAAGCCCGUCUUUCGCGAAACGAAGUCAGCCAGCCAGCGGGAGGAGGGACACGCCAGGUGCUGCACCUUUAUUUCGCAGCCCAAAACUGUUGCCUUCAGGAAUAAAUCAUCGGCGAGAAGAAGCAUCAAUGGAAGCAUCAACGUCCCUGGCAACGUUUUCGUUGAACGAAGCAUCGACUGAAUUCAACCAAACGACGCCACUGAAGCCUCCUCCUGGUCCCAGAGCAGAAUGGUUAGUCAUACUCGACCACACGUCAGCCAUCCUGAUGACCUGCAACACCAUUACCCUCAUGCUGGCAAUGGGUGCUGCCACGUACUGGAGGGAGGUGUGGCAUCAUGUGAAACGCCCCUGGGCCACGCUGGUGGGCAUGGUGUGCCAGUUCUUCUUCCUCCCAGCCCUUGGGUUCGGACUGUGCGUGGCCUUCCAACUGCCGCCGUAUCAGGCCCUGGGAGUUCUUAUCUUGGCCUGCAGUCCAGGAGGAGCCUUUUCUACUUUCUUCACUUACUGGGUCGAUGGAGAUCUUGCUCUAAGCAUUAUAAUGACAGCAGUGUCAUCGCUCCUGGCUUUCGGCAUGAUGCCCCUGAACUUGUGGGCAUACUCGCGACCGUGGACCAACCAAGAACUUCAGGUCCCCUACAUCAACAUCUUCAUCAGCUUAGCGUUUGUCACCGUCCCCGUCAUCACCGGUAUGAUCAUCCGACAUUUCAACAGAAAGUGUGCAAGUUAUAUCUCUAAGGUCUGCGGCCUUCUGGGGUGGAUAGGAGCUUUGACCUGCGGCGUCAUGCUCAUUCUCAUGUACUGGGAUGUCAUCAUCGAGACGUCAAUCAAUCUCGUGAUUACAGCUGCCCUUAUACCAAUCGCAAGCGUCAUCGUCGCCUACACUAUCUGCAAGAUAGUUUGUUUCAACCACACAUUCUGCAGGACAAUUGCCGUCGAGACAGGUUGCCAGAACAUAGUGGUAGCAACGAACGUCAUGCUGCUCUCAUUCGCUGAACCAGAGAUCCGUGGACAACUGGUGAUCUUUCCUGUAUUAUAUGGAAUCUGUCAGCUUGCAGAAGUACUCAUAACAGUAGGAGUGUUCCAGCUGUGGUUCUAUUUCCACCGGAACAAUGUUGUCGAAGAGGAGGUCAAAUCCGUGAUUGACAAUUCCAUCCUCACCAGUGUGCCUGUGCCUGCUCACAGACUAUCUGAGGCAAAGAUCCAAAGUAUGACUGGAUUCCCUGGAACCCCUGACAUAUGUCGUAUGCAGAGAGAAAGACACCAACAGCGUGAGGCAGAACUAACCACAUACUACAGAUACAUUGAUACUUCGAGGCUGCACGAGUACGCACCGAAAGAUGAAGAAGGAGACGCACUUCCAACUGAGCUGACAACACUUCGAGUAGACGAAGUCGAUGAUCCCAAUACAUGGAAAAGAUCCAAAGCUAUGCUCCCGGAGGUACGAGCAGCGCAGACCGAAGAACACCAAUCCCCAUUCCCGUUCUACGGAAGGCCCAAAAGCCCUACAUUUUUCGACUUCCCGGAGAACCCUUACUUCGACUCGCCUAGAUCGCCAGACUUGGAUACUGAGAGCCUCAACUUUCUGGAAGAUGACUGCGACAUUGAAUCUCAGAAAAGUCCUACCUUGAGCAACAAGGGCGUGCCAUAUAUGUUUCCGGUCACUGAGGACGACUUCCAAUCAACGAGAGAACCCUCCCCCGUGCCUUAUGGCACCCCAAAUCCAGUCCAAAAGAACAAGAAUCGAGAUUUCGAGUGGAACAGCUCCUCUGUUCCAAGCACACUGGGUCAUACCUCAUCUUCCCUGACCUCCCCGGAAACUCCAUCACGAGCUUUUGCUUUUUAUCACAACGACGUCCGCAUAGGACAAGCUGAUCAUUUCAGAACAUUUGGAAGCAAACGAAAGACAGACACGUGCUAAGGUUGGACAUUUCACUUUUACUUAUAUUAACAUUAUAAGUCUGAUGUACAUAAGACUUGCUUGUUAUACAAUACUCUUUAAAUGGUUAGAAGCACCUUUUUCUAUAUGGCAAGCACUGCACUGUAGUAAUAUAUUACAUUUAUAAGACACUUGACAUUAAUCUUACUUCAUGACUGUCUCUAUUUUGUAAAUUAUGAAUAUAAUUACUUUCA